GUUUAUAUAUAUUAAAAAAGUUAAGUUAUAUCUCAUUUUUACAACCAAAAAAACAAUAAUUGCAACUUCAUGUCAUUCCUCAAAGAAUUGGAUCACUUGAAGAUUCCUUUGAAAGAUAUAAAAAAAGCUACCAAUAACUUCGCUUAUGAUAAUGCGAUCGGACCUGGUGGCUAUGGAACGGUGUAUAAAGGAGAGCUUUUAUUUUCAGGGCAACUUUUCACAGUAGCAGCAAAACGGGUUGAUCGAGAAUAUAGUUAUGCAGCAAACCAGUUCUUAAAUGAGAUGAGAGUGCUUUCUAAUUAUAAACAUGUAAAUAUUGUUCCUCUUAUUGGCUUCUGUGAUGAACAUAAGGAGAAAGUAGUUGUUCAAGAGUUUAUGACAAAUGGAAGCCUCGAUAACUGUUUGAGUAGCGCGAAGCUUACAUGGUUGAAGCGUCUUGAAAUUUGCCUUGGUGCUGCUCGUGGCUUGAAUUAUCUUCAUAAUGGCCUUGAAGGCCAUACUGUCCUUCACCGUGAUGUGAGGAGCAGGACCAUUUUAUUAGACAAAAACUGGCAGGCAAGGAUAGGUGGUUUUGGGCUAUCCAAUAUGCAUUCGAAGAUGAGUCAAAGGUAUCCAAAAGUUUAUGUCGACGGUGGCAUUGGUGCACCAGGCUAUGCUGAUCCAUCAUACUUACGAACUGGAAUUGUAACAGGAGAGUCGGAUGUUUACUCUUUUGGGGUGGUGUUAUUUGAAGUCCUAUGUGGAACACUAGCAUAUGAAGAUAAUAUACUUCUUGGUAAAUUAGUUCGUGUCCAUUAUGAAGAUGGGAAGUUAAACGACAUCAUAGAUCCCAUUCUAAGAGAACAAAUGAACGAAGAUUCCUUGGUGGCCUUUUCAGCUAUUGCAUAUCAAUGCCUGAAAAAUAAUCCUUCCAAACGGCCAACAAUGAUUGAAAUUGUGGAUAAACUGGAGCAAGUUUUGGGACUUCAACUUGAAUUUGAGAAGGCAUUGGCACUUCAACAAGUUGCACUUGAUUUGAAAAGAAAGGAAGAUAAUGAAGAUAACUCCUACAAGGUGAAAAACCUGGAACACAUGAAAAUCCCUCUAAAACAGAUUAAGUUAGCAACUAAUGAUUUUCAUGAUGAUUUUAAAAUUGGACUUGGUGGAUAUGGGAAAGUUUAUAAAGCAGAGCUUUUCCACUUUGAUGUACAAAAAUAUGUCAGAGAUAACAUGUUUCAGAGAGUUUCUACGGACAAACUUUUGGGUUACCCAAGAAGAAGAAGCAAGGUUGCUGUUAAGCGGUUGGAUCGUAGAUAUGGACAAGGAACUGCAGAGUUUUUGCAGGAAAUUUCAGUGCUUCCUAAUUUUAGGCACCAAAACCUUAUCACACUUGUUGGAUACUGUGAUGAAGAACGUGAGCGUAUUCUUGUAUAUGAGUAUGCCUCAAAUGGAAGCCUUGAUAAAUACAUUUCAAGCCCUGAUAGCAAGAACAACCACUCAUGGGCGCUACGUUUACAAAUCUGCCUUGAUGCAGCCCGUGGGCUUGAAUUUCUCCAUAACGGCGUCGGAGAGCAUUAUAGGAUAAUACAUCGCGAUGUUAAGAGCUCAAACAUUCUUUUAUGUGAAAAUUGGGAAGGCAAGAUUAGUGACUUUGGGUUGUCCAGAAUUGGCCCUGCAAAUCUGCAAGCCACUUUUGUCAUGACUCAAGUUGCAGGCACACUAGAAUAUGUUGAUCCACAAUAUCACAAGACGGGUAUAUUGACUAAGGGGUCUGAUGUGUAUUCAUUUGGAGUAGUUUUAGUUGAAGUAUUGAGUGGAAGGUUGGCGUAUUUUCCAAAGUCCAAAGACGACCAAGAAUUUUUGCCUCACAUGGCCAAACGCUGCUUAGAGCAGAAUAAGGUCAAGGAGAUUAUCGAUCCAAAACUAAAGAAAGAAUUUGAAAUAGGUUCUUCCGCUAUCAGUGAUGAAACUUUUCCAGAUUCUGCAACUAUAUUUGUAGAAAUUGCAUAUAAAUGCUUGCAAGAAAACCGAGAUGACCGCCCAUCAAUGCCUCAAGUGGUUAAAGAGCUAGAAAAAGCAUUGAACUCUCAAGUAAAAGGGGUGGAAGCUCUAAGAACUUCACUUGACACAAUUAGAUUUGCCACAAAUGACUUUACUGACGUAUUGGAGAACGAAGGAUAUGGCAAGGUGUACAACGGAGAACUUUCUCAUUCCAAGGGACACACUGCUGUUAUUGUCAAGCGGCUUGACCGUUUAGUGGGUUCAUACGAGACCAAUUUCUAUAAAGAGAUUGCAUUGCUUUAUAGUUAUGGCCACAAGAAUAUCAUACCUGUUUUAGGGUUUUGUGAAGAGGCAGGUGAGCGGAUUAUUGUUUUCGAGAAUAUGGUUAAUGGAAGUCUGAAAGAUCAUUUACAAAACAGUAGCCUAACAUGGCAAAAACGGGUAAAGAUAUGUGUUGAUGCUGCACGUGGACUAGCUUAUAUUCAUAGUUUUGUUAAUACACAACAUUCGGUUCAUGGUGACGUAAAAAGCAGUAGUAUUCUACUAAAUCUUGAAUGGGAAGCUGUUAUAUCGAACUUCAUCAUAUCUAAAGGUCUAGGCACAUUAGGAUAUUAUGAUCCAGUCUAUGAGAUCACAGGUAUCCUUACUCAGAAAUCAGAUGUCUACUCCUUUGGUGUGGUCUUAUUUGAAGUCUUAUCCGGACGAUUAGCAGUUGAAAGGUUAAAACAAGAUCAGCAACAGCCCCUCCAUGGGGUGGAUGAGGGUCAACUGAUUUUUCUUUCACAGUUGGUUUCACAAUGCUUGAAAAGCAGAAGACUAGAAGACAUUAUCUUCCAUGAUAUCAAAGGACAAAUUGGCACUGAAUCCUUGAAUACCUUUUCAACGAUUGCCUAUCAAUGUUUGCAAGAACUUCCAGAGAACCGCCCAACAAUGGAUGAGGUUGUUAAAGAACUUGAGAAAGCUUUCGAAAGUCAAGACGAGUGGGAAUGGGAGCAAAAGCUGCCUUUAGAUUAUAAAAAGAUAGUCCUUAUGUCCAAAUAUCCUAUUUCCCACACUAGUAGCAGGAAGGAUCUCUAUUCCCUUCUUUCUUCGGGAAUCCUCCUUCACAAAGAAAAUCUGUGGUUUUCAGUUAGCAUGGAUGGGAAAAAAAAUGAAAUGGUGUCAGCAACAAGGUUUUCUUACAAAAAUGUGAAGUGGAGAUCGAUAAGUAAUUCAAGGUUUUCAAAGGUUGCAAGGAUAUCAGAUAUCUCAAAUCUCAAUAUCCGAAUUUAUACAAAACCUCAAUUUUUAACUGAGGAGAUCAUGUAUGGAGCUUACCUGGUGUUCAAGUUUUGUGAUCCAAGAAAAUUUUCUAGCCAGCCAGUAUAUGUGAACUUAAAAUACAAGAAGGCAGGUGAAUCUUUAAAUGCAUACUUUGCACGAUGGAGAGCUGGAAGUAAGUGGUUGAGAGUUGAACUGUUUCGAUUUUGGAAUAGUAAGGAAACUAUUGAUUUUGAUGUUCUGCUGGAGAGCUUUUCUCAUUAUUAUUGUGGCAAUGGAGGGAUGUUUGUUGAAGGCAUAGAGUUUAACGCCAUUCAUAGCUUAGAAUCACAAGAGAACAACAAUGUAAGUGAUGAAAAGACCGUACGAGGAGUCUUGAAACCUGAAUCGGACUUAGAAUGGGCGGAACAAAUGACCAUCGACUGUUACAAAAUAAUCAACAGGUCUGAAGCACACAAUAUCCGAAACAUCUCUAGAGAGGAGCUCUAUUUGCUGCUUUACAAAGGAAUCCUUAUUGACAAGGGUGAAAAGAUGUUUUUUGUAAGCAAAGUGAAUAAGAAGAAAUGUCAUAUGUUAUCAGCAAGAGUGGUUAUAAACGACCAUCCAAAUAUAAUGUCCUACAACAUAAAAACUCAAGAGCAAUCAAGGUACACAUUUGCAGAAUACAUUGAGAUCCUCCGUCACCAUGAAAUUCGUAUCAAAUGUGACAUUGAAACACAACUGCUGUCAUCAGAUACAAACUACGCUUGUUUCCUUGUGUUCAAACUGUCAGAAAGAUGUUGUGGGCUAAAGUGUCCAGUGAAGGCACGCGAUCUACUACCUUAUAAAAAGGAAAGAACCAAAAUUAUUUCUUUCACGUCUCCAACCACAGUGAAUUUGGACAAUAUUAAAUGGGUUCCAAAACAAAGAGAAGAUGGGUGGAUGGAGGUUAUAGUGUGGGAAAUCGUAUCUCAGGAUAUGCGUAAGGGUAGGCAUAUUCCUAUGGAUUUGAAACUGAUAUGUUUUGAGGGAACUAUGUUUGGUCUUGUUGUAUAUGGCAUCGAGUUUCGUCCAAUAUUGGAGAAUUGAUGUAACAAUAUACGUUUUGUUAGUUUAGUGACAAAUAUUGAUCCAGAUACUUGUCUAAAGUGAUAACUGGUCAAGCAAGGAGCUUGACUAGCCGCAGCCCACAUGAAUAUGAAGUGUUAGCUUAUACUAGGCCUUGAUUGUUAGGGUAAUUUGUUCGAAAUCACAGUUUGGUUGUUGACUCGAAAUGACAGUUCAAAUUGUUAUGGUUUGUUU